AUGACCAAGGAAUAUACGCUUGAUGAAAUUCGCCGCCUAGCUGAAACCAAUCCGGAGAAGCUUGCCCAGGAGUACCAAGCUUCGCGUGCAGCCACUGCUAAUCUCGUUGACCGCGCCCGUGCCGGAAUUGCUGCUCGAACGGCGAAUCCACCGACUAACAAGUUUAAUGCGUGGGCGCAGGGCUACGGAAAUCGCUUCAUCUACAAUGGCAGCGUAAAACCACUUGUGCACAUGAUGCUCAUUGUAGGUGGUGCAGGCUGCGCGGUCGAGUGGUGGUGCCACCACAGACACGCUUUUGCCGAGCAAAACGACAAACACCACUAA